AUGGCCGAGGCAGUUGUCACGUCCGCCGCAGGGAACCUAGUUUCGAAACUUGUCGAGUGCUUGUUUGCUUCCAUUGGACGCCAAUUUGGGUACGUGCUGUGCUACAAGAGCUACGUCCAAGAUCUCCAAAAUGGAGUCGAGAAGCUGGAGACUACCAAGGAAAGGGUGCAGCACUCCGUCCAAGAAGCCGAGAAUAAUGGAAAACUUAUAGAAAAUGAUAUUAAGAAGUGGCUGGAGAGAGUGGAGAAUGAGGCUACGCAAGCACGAAACCUGUUAAAACAUGGUGAAAGUGCAAAAAAUGCUUGCUUCCGCGGGUGGCUUCCCAACCCCAUGGUGCGCCAUCCAAUUGGCAAGAAGGUGAAGAAGAUGACUCUAAUCAUUCAGGAACUCCACAACGAAAGCACAAAAGCCAUCUUCGAAAAGGUCUACUAUGAGGAUACUCCGAUAGGAAUUGUCACUGCUGCCACGUCCGCUGCGGGACCUGUUGACAAGGAAGAAGAUGUCCUGGAUUCCAGGGCCAAAAUCGUGGAAAAUCUGAUGAAGGCAAUAGUUGAUGACAAGGUCUGUGUGGUUGGGGUGUGGGGACCAGGUGGGGUUGGCAAGUCCAAGCUUUUGGAGGAUGUCGAAAGGCGAGCUAAGCAAGAGAAGCUAUUCGAUGUGAUUGCUGUGGCAAAUGUAUCACGCAAUCCAGAUCUAAAAAGAAUCCAACGAGAAAUCGCUUCUACAUUGGGUCUGAAGCUAACGAACGAUGAAACUGCUCGUGAGAGAGCACAUCGUUUGUACAGUAAAUUAGAGAAUGAUCCUAAAAGGAAGAUUCUCAUUGUUUUAGAUAAUUUGUGGAAGAAGCUAGAGUUGAAGGAAGUUGGAAUACCUUGCGGGGAUGAUAAUAAAGUGAGAGGCUGCAAGUUAUUGCUAACGUCUAGAUACCGAGAUGUUUUACGCACUGGCAUGAGCACUGACCGAGAAAUCCGACUCAACCAGUUGGAGCAUGGAGAAGCCCGAAGACUGUUUGAAAGGAUAGUUGAGGACAGAGUCAACGAUCCUGAUUUUAAACCCUUGGUGGAUAGAGUGGUCGAGAAUUGUGGUGGCUUGCCUCUUUUGAUUCUGUCGGUGGCAAAAAGGUUGAAGCAUGGAGAUAUGGCCGAAUGGAGGAAUGCUUCGACCAAUAUAAAUUUGUCGGAUGCAAAAUCAAUAGUGGAACUAAAUUACAAUGACUUAAAAGAUGAGAGGAUCAAAUCAUUGUGCUUGGUUUCUGCUAUAGACUCUGGGAAUAUUCUCAUGAGGUGUUCCCUUGGGUACUGCAUCGGUUUGGGUUUAUAUAAAAAGUUCAAGACCAUCGAAGACGCCAGAGAUAUGUUGAUUAUGGAUCUACAUAGCCUGCAAGACUCUUCUUUGUUACUAGAUAGUGAUGACAUGGAAGAAUUCAAUAUGCAUGACAUAGUUGUUGACGUGGCCAUCUCUAUUCCUUCUACUCAAUGGAACGGCUUGGUUGGGAGGGAGGAUUAUGGGUUUAAAGACUGGUCAAAGGAUGAGCUAACAAAAUGCACCGUAAUGUCCUUCAAUUUUGUUGGCAUUGAUGAGCUUCCUAAAAAAUUGGAUUGCCCAAACUUGAGGAUGCUUGGGUUAGCCGAAGAUAACCCGUCUCUCAAAAUUCCCGAGUCAUUUUUUGAAUCUACGGAGAUGCUCCGAGUCUUGGACUUGACUUGCUUAUCUUUCACCUCUCUACCUUCAUCCAUUGAGUUCCUUGAAAACCUCAAGUCCCUAUAUCUUGAUUACUGCCAUCUAGAGGAUGUGACUAUUCUUGGAAAGCUGAAAGGAUUGCAGUUCCUUAGUUUCCACAGAUCUGCAAUCGAUCGGCUGCCCAAAGAAAUAGGUGGACUAACAGAAUUGCGAUUUUUGGACUUGACAGGGUGCACUGGGCUCAAAGUUAUCGAACCUGGAGUGCUUGGAAGCUUGGUGAAUUUAGAAGAGCUGUAUAUGGAGGACAGUUUUGAUCAGUGGGAGUCCGAGGGUGAAGCACCGCAAAGCAACGCCAGCCUGGCUGAGUUGAAGAACAUGAAAAAGUUAAGCACUUUGUACAUUUCCAUCCCUCAUUCUGCCUUUCUCCCGGGAGACCUUCCAUUUGGGAAACUGAACAAGCAUAAAAUUCAAAUUGGGGACGUUUGGGAUUGGUCGGGCGAAUACAAAGAAUCCAAAAAUUUAAAGCUCAAGUUGGAUUCGAGCAAUCUUCUUCUUGAAGAGUGGGUGUCAAAUUGUUUGCAAAGAACGCAAGAUCUCCACUUGGAUGGAUUGCAAGAUGGCAUCGACAACAUUCACGAUUUGUGCGUCGAAGGAUUUCAUGAAUUGAAGCAUCUUCAUGUACAAAAUAGCCCCUCAUUCCAGUAUCUUGUUCGCUCCACAGAGAAUGUCCAGUGCACUGCCUUUACUAGAUUGGAAUCUUUGUUUCUCGAAAAUCUGAAUAACUUGGAGAAGAUAUGUCGCGGCUAUCUUGCCCUAGAAUCCUUCAGCAAACUAAACAUUAUGAAAGUGGAUAACUGUGGUGAAAUAAAACAUUUGGUUCCUUUGCCUAUGAAGAGAAUAAUGUCGCAGCUUGAAGAGAUUGAAAUAAGCAGAUGCCACUCGAUGCAACAUAUUGUCCCAGGCGCCGAGGCGGAUGAAGGCGGAGAUGAAAUAGAUGAUGAUAACGAAGUGAAGUUGUACAAUUUGCGUAGGUUGACCUUACGAAGCCUGCCAAAGAUGACGAGUUUCUGUAAAAUAGAGAGGCAUUCGGUCGACUUCUUUGACGGACAACGGUUAAUAAAGCUACAGAGUUUGGAAGCCAUAACCAUUGAAAGUUGCCGGUUAAUAGAAGAAUUAUUCGACCUUGAAGGGCUGACAACCAAUGGGGAAGUCGAGAUUCUGUCACGAUUGAGAGAAUUAACCCCGAGUGACUUACCAAGUUUGGGACGCAUAUGGAGCAAAAAUCCGCGAAGAACAUUGAGUUUCCGAAACUUAAGUGCACUAAAGGUGCAAAACUGUGAGAACUUGAGGUUUCUUUUUUCUUCUUCCAUGGCUAAAGCACUUGGGCAAAUAAAAGAAAUAGAAAUAGCGAAUUGUACUGAUGGAGGAAAUUAUGGUAGCGCAAGAAGAGGAAUUGGAGGAAGCUGCCACCUCUGA